AUGCGUCAUAAACGUAUAACAAUUGAUAAUAGUACAAUUUCUUCAUUAUCAAAAAAUUCAACAAUAAAAUUAAUAAAACCAGCUAAAUUAUUAAGACGAUUAGCAAAUAACAAAAAAGACGAGACAAAAUUGAAACAUAUUCCUGAAUGCCGAAUAUCACCAGUUCCAUCAAUACCAUUAUUUUCAACAACAACACCACAGGAUUCAAUUCUUUCGACGUCAUCCUCACAUUCUAUUAUCUUACCAACAUCUUCUUCAUCAGUGAUUCGACGUAAAAUGACAUCCUAUUCAGCAUUAAAACGAAAAGUACAACGACAAACUGAUUUAUAUACAUCGUCAAGAUUUCAAGUUAAUCUUGAACAUGUACUAGGCUUUACAUCAAUUUCAAAUUCACUUGUAAGUCAAAAUCGAACAACAUUAGCCUAUGCAGCCGGUUCAUCUGUUGUUCUAUACAAUAUAGCUAGUCAAAAACAAGAUUUUAUAAUUAAUAAUGCAAGAAAAGCUAUAACAUCGUUGUCUUUAUCAUCAGAUGGAAAAUUUCUUGUCACUGGAGAAUGUGGCCAUGAGCCAAAAGUUCGUGUAUGGGAUGUUAAUGAUAAAUCACAAUGUGUUGAAUUGGGUGAUCAUAAAUUUGCUAUCGAUUGUGUGGUUCGUCGAAUAGCAUUUGCUGAAGAUGGAAGUUACUUUGUAACAGUUGGAAAUCGUCAUGUUAAAUUUUGGUAUUUAGCAGCACCUUCUUUGGAAGUAAUACCAUUAAAAGGUCGUCUAGCAAUAUUAGCUGAACGAAAAGAUAAUAUAUUUACGGAUGUUGUUUGUGGAAGAGGUGAUUGUGCAAAUAUGACUUAUACAAUAACACAUAAUGGUUUAGUAUCACAAUUUAAUGAACAUCGACAAAUAUGUGCUGAAAAAGAUUUGAAGGAAAAAGCAAAUUGUUUAGCUAUUGGUGAUACUCUUUUAAUUGUUGGUUGUUCAAAUGGAAGUAUAUUUUUAUUUUCAACUCAAAAUCUCGAUUAUAUUAUGUCAUUACCAAGACCCCAUUAUCUUGGUGUCGAUAUUGGAUUUAUACAAUCACUUGAUCAACUCAUUUAUCCACAAAAUACUCAAUAUUUUCCUGAUGCCAUUGCUUUAUGUUUAGAUGAAGAUAAUUCUAUAGUGACAUGUUUCUAUAGUGAUCAUAGCUUCUAUAUAUGGGAUAUUACUUAUGAAGAAUCGGUGAAAAAACUUGACUCACAUCUUUAUCAUUCUGCUUGUGGAUGGAGUAUUGAGCCUUAUUCAACACAAUUUCAAAUGUUUUCAUUAUCACCUUUAUUACAACAUUUAUCAUUUAUUACAUGUUCAUCUGAUAAUUCUAUUCGUUUUUGGUCACUAAAUUCUUCUACAACAACAUUAUUAUCUAAAUCAACAAAUAUAUUUAGUAAAGAAUUAAUGAAAAUUAUUUAUCUUGAUGAUGAUCAUUCAAAAUUAUGUGAUAGUCAAACUAGUCAAGAACGAUCUGAAUCUUCUAUAAAAACGGGUGGACGAUGUUUGAAAAUAAGUCCAGAUGGUUUAUCUAUAGCCAUUGGCGAUAGAAAUGGAAAUAUACGAAUAUUUGAUUUAAUAUUACUAAAACAAAAAUUUAUUAUUGAAGCUCAUGAUAGUGAAGUAUUAAGUAUCGAUUAUAGUCAACCGGAAAUGGGUUUCUAUUUUCUUGCAUCGAGUAGUCGUGAUCGUUUUGUUCAUAUAUUUGAUCCUAUAAAAGAUUAUCAACUUAUUGCCACAUUAGAUGAUCAUUCAGCAGCAAUAACGGCUGUACGAUUUUCAUCUAUUAUUUCGUCAUUAACAAUGACAAUGCAAUUAAUUUCAUGUUCAGCAGAUAAAUCUCUAAUAUUUCGAACAAUAACAAAAAACGAAAAUGGAAAAUAUCAAUUUAUUCGUUCAAAUAAUAUUGUUGAAAAACAAACUUUUUAUGAUAUGGUUGUUGAUAGAAAACGAAAUGAAGUUAGUACAGCAUGUCAAGAUAGAAUGAUUAGAGUGUACAAUACUCUUGAUGGUAAACGUGUUCGAACAUGUAAAGGUUCGGUAGGCGAUAGUGAUACCGGAUAUUUGAUUAAAAUUGAUCUUCAUACAUCUGGUCGAUAUGUGGCAACAUCUUGUUCAAAUAAAUGUGUUUACAUCUGGGACAUAAUUAGCAAUGAAUGUAUAGCAAGUCUUUGUGGACAUUCAGAAAUCGUUACGGAUAUUAAAUUUAGUCAAGAUGGAAAUUAUCUAUAUACAAUUAGUGGAGACAGUUGCAUAUUUGUAUGGAAUACCAGUGAAUUAGCUAUUGUUCCAACAUCAUUGCAGACGCCCCCAUUACCAUCACAAUUGAAAAAUAAUGAUGUGGAAACAUCAAUAAUUGAAGAAAAGGUUAAGUAUAUUCAAAAUACGAAACAGAUGCCAGAGAUUGUCAAUGAUGAACAUCAACCAUUACUCAAACGUCAAAGAAGUUUAUGGGAAACAGCAGAACCACAUAUAUCAAUAUUUGAUUCUCAAUUAUUUACAAAAAAUAAACAACAGUCUUUAUCGAAUAUUAUCACGGAAGAGAAUUCCACUGUUAAAAUGACUGAUUCAACUAGUAGUCAAGGAAGUUUAUCCCAAGAUGAAAUUGGUGAUGAAUCAUUUGUUGAUGAAAGUAAACAAGGUAUCUAA